AUGGAAGGAAUCAAUAAAACUACCAGGAUACAAUUCUUCUUCCGCCCAUUCUCCCCCGACCCUGAGGUCCAGGCGACGAUUUUCGUGGCCUUUCUAGCCAUGUACCUGACCAGCCUCGGGGGGAACGCCACGAUCGCUGCCAUUGUCUACAUCAACGACUCCCUCCACACCCCCAUGUACUUCUUCCUAGCCAAUCUGGCCGUUCUGGAACUCUUCUACACCUCUUCCAUUGCUCCCCUGGCCCUGGCAAAUCUUCUUUCCAUGGGCAAAACCCCCGUGACGAUCGCGGGCUGCGGCACCCAAAUGUUUUUCUUCGUCUUCUUGGGUGGGGCUGAUUGUGUCCUGCUCGCGGUCAUGGCUUAUGACCGGUUCGUCGCCAUCUGCUACCCUCUGAGGUACGCGCUCAUCAUGAGCUGGUCCCUGUGUGUGCAGCUGAUGGGAGGGUCGCUGCUGCUGGGCUUCCUGCUGUCCCUGCCGCUGACCGUUUUAAUCUUCCACCUCCCAUUCUGCCACAACAAUGAGAUCUACCACUUCUACUGCGACAUGCCCGCGGUCAUGCGGCUGGCCUGUGCGGACACUCGGGUUCACAGGAUGGCCCUGUACAUCAUCAGCUUCAUCGUCCUGAGCAUCCCACUGGCGCUCAUCUCCAUCUCCUACGUCUUCAUCAUCGCAGCCCUGCUGCGGAUGCGGUCGGCAGAAGGGCGCCAGCGGGCAUUCUCCACCUGUUCCUCUCACCUCCUCGUGGUCCUCCUGCAGUACGGCUGUACCAGCUUCAUAUAUUUGUCUCCCAGUUCCAGCUACUCUCCUGAGAUGGGCAGGAUGGUAUCUGUGGUCUACACUUUCAUCACCCCCAUUUUAAACCCUCUGAUCUAUAGUAUGAGAAACAAGGAACUGAAGGAUGCUCUGAAGAAGACGCUGAGAAAGUUCUAG